AUUUCUUUUGGACUGGCUUUUAAAAUCCUUUAUGCUGAGAAGGUAGAGUUGCUAGAUUUAGAUAGAUCUUUCAUACCAAGUAUUGUGAGAUCAUGUGGGAUAUUGGAGGUGUUGUGGCAUUCUUUGGCCAAGUGAAUGUUGAGAGGUCAAGCCCUUUCACUUUUGGUGCUUAUGGUUUUCUGUUCAUGCAGAAUCAGUUGUUCUCAUGAUCUCUCUGUAGCAUUGGUGCUGUAAGGAGUCUUCUUGAUUCUCUAUCUGUCAACUCUAAGUGAGAAGAGCUUGAAUUUGUAAUAGUUAUUACCCAAUAUCUUACUGUAUUUAUUUUUCUUGAUUUAUUGUAUGCAACAACCUCCAUUUAGGAUGUGUACUUCUUUGUAUUUACCUUUUCAUUAAUGAAAUUUUGCUUGUUCUAAAAAAAAAAAAACAACAACAACAACAACAACCACACAAUCCACACCCACUACAAAGUCAAUAGAGUGCAAGAGUUAAAUGUAGUCAUAUUCAUAUUAUAAGCCCAAAAGGAAAUAUAGUCUUAGAGGAGAGUAAAAUUCUAUACGGCACAUGACUUUAUUAUGUUGAUAUCCAGUAUAAACCUCCUUAUGGUUUUAGUGCUCCAUAGUCCAUAUGCGUGGUUGACUAAGAAUCAAUUAUUUAUCUGUGUUCAUAUUAUAAAUGGAAACCAAUACCCUCUCUCAAAAUCACAAACCUAUCCCAAAAGCACCUUAUCUUCCAAUAGCCUAAUUCUUGGUUGCCCAAUUUUCAGAAGCUCCUUGUUUAUCUAGCAAUGGCAUCAAACCUCAUACCAAACCUCAGUGACUUCUCCUUUUCACUACUACUGGUUCUAGCCAUGGCUCCAUUUUUAGCCCAAUCCAGUGAGCUCAAAGAAACCCAAUUGGUCUUGUACUUCCAAGACAACGUCUCUGCUGGUCCAAAUGCCACAAGCUUACCAGUUGCAGGUAUUGCAGGCAAGCUUUGGACCUUCACUCAAUUUGGGACAGUUUAUGUCACCGACGACCCAUUAACCGCAGGCCCGGAACCAAACUCUGCCUCCAUAGGCCGGGCCCAAGGCAUAACUGUGGCAGCAGCCCUGAAUGGACGGAAUGCCCUUGUCUUGGUGUCACUUGUGUUCACAAACCAGGAGUAUAAUGGCAGCACACUAGAGCUACAAGGAAACAGCAAGCAAUUUGAGCAAGUUAGAGAGGUGGCAGUAGUAUCUGGUACUGGAAAGUUUCGAUUUGCUAGGGGAUACGCUACGUUUGAAACAUAUUUGGUGGACCCUGCCACUUCCUACUCCGUCGAGCGAUGCAACGUCACGGUGCAACAUUACUAGGAUAUCAAAGUUUAAGGGUUAGAGAGGAUGGGAUAUAAAUAAUAAGCAUGUUUUCCAUUGUGUGAAUAAAAUACCCUAAUUUUGUUGUGUACUAAUUUUUUCCCUUAGGGUAUGUUUGGUAAUAACACUUUGAAAAUCAUGUUUGGUAA